CGAGAGUGAGACGGCAGCGGCGGCGUGCACUCUGCGUUCCGGUCAGUCAUCGUAUACCACCGGUGGUAGCGGCGGCUUCGGCGGCGGCGGUGGUUGCAGUCGGUGUGUCGUCGUCGUGAACGUGCGUAUAUUAUUAUCAUUCUAUAAUAUCACCGCCGUGUCGUAUAUUGURUUUACAUGCCAAUAUAAUCUUAUAGAUUGCACGACGUGCUAAUUAUUAAUAACRGCACUGCGCCAUAGCGACAGUCUUCGCCAUCACUGCACGUCAUUGUAAUAUUAUACCACAUCGCUGUAUUAUUAAUAAUAUUUGCGCGGGGCGUGUUGGUGAGUGUGUCUCGAAAGCAGAGUAGACAUCACUCGUAUCUGCGGCUAGAAAGUCGUCGUUGUCGUCACCACCGAGACCUAUUACAGAUCUUGCACGGCGAUGGACCAGGUGGUCGACCUGAACGUCGGCGGCGUGUUCUACACGACGGCCGCGUCCACGCUGGUGCAGACACAACCGUCUCUGCUGGCCGACCGGUUCAGCGGCCGGUUGGACCCGCUGCCCAAGGACAGCAAGGGCCGGUACUUCAUCGACCGAGACGGCGUGCUGUUCCGGUACGUGUUGGACUUCCUACGGGACGGCAAGUUGUCGCUGCCCGAGAGCUUCCGGGAGAAGGAACGGCUCCGGCUGGAGGCGGCCUACUAUCGGUUGGACGGCCUUACCGAGCGGCUCCGCGAACAGAGGCCCGGCUACAUAACGGUCGGCUACCGUGGCACGUUCGCGUUCGGCCGGGACGGGCUGUCCGACGUCAACUUCCGCAAGAUUCCUCGGAUACUGAUAUGCGGCCGCGUGGCCUUGUGCCGUGACGUGUUUGGCGACUCGCUCAACGAGAGCAGGGACCCGGACCACGGCGACACGGACCGGUACACCGCCAGGUUCUUUCUGAAACAUACGUCUAUCGAACAGGCAUUCGACAUGCUCCAGGAACAAGGGUUCUACAUGGCCGGAAGUUGUGGAUCGGGCACGGCCGGUGGCACGUCUGCCGCCGAGCUCAAACCGGGCGUGGACUCAGAAGAAAGCCGCUGGAAUCAUUACAACGAGUUUGUGUUCGUCAGAGAAUCAUGAAUUUCGACCACCUACUCCGUCUGCACCGACACGAAACGAGAUGACGAGGGUAACAAGCGCCUGUCGUCAUAUCAUUCAUAAUUUAUGACAUCUCAGACCAAACAUAUUAUUAUUAUUAUUAUCGUAAUACUAUUUUGUAGAUAAAAUUAUUAUUAUUAUUCUAUUUUCGUUUUUCGUUUACGUUUCUAAAWUUUUUUUUUCA